AUGCACUCGCUCGGUUCGAUUUUAAUGCAAAUUUGCGUGAUCGCCGCAUCGAUACAAAGCGGAUUGAGCAUCAAAUGUUACAACUGCGACUCGACCAGCAAUGAAGAAUGCAUGGACCUGAAAAGCAAUUCCGCCAUCACCGCUGAGGUCUGUACUCCGAGCAAAAUGGCUUCGACCACCGGGAACUGGCUGGCGGACCUGACGCGUAUCGAGUACUUUGGCGGAGCGGAAAUCACUGUUCCGAUGGUGUGCCAGAAGAUUGUCGCAACGAACGAAAACGGUGACAUGAUGACGUUCCGUGGCUGCCAGCUGGACGGCGGCAAGACGGACCCGUGCCAGAUCGCGUACGGCAAGGCGAAACAGCAGCGUGGAAUUAACAUCGAGUUCUGUUCCACCUGCAAGGAAGACGGCUGCAAUGCGGCUCCCCGUACAGCGGGACGCGUCUCGUUGGGCCUUCUCCUGCUGGGCACCCUGAUGGCACUGGCUGGCUCGCUGGCAGUUUCGCGCAAGCAGCAGCUCCUGUAA